AUGGCGCAUGUGGCGCGAGAACUUCUGAAAAAGGAGCUGGUGAAUCUGAUGAAGGAUGAGAGCUGUGGCUUUUCCGUUGGCUUGGAGGAUGACUCGGACUUCUUCACGUGGCGGGUUGUCUUUGAAGGUCCAUCAGAUAGCCUGUACGAAGGCGGCAUCUUUACCGCGAUACUGAAGUUUCCAGGCGACUUCCCGAACAAUCCGCCAGAAAUGAGGUUUGAGACAGAGAUGUGGCAUCCCAACAUCUACCCGGAUGGCCGUGUCUGCAUCUCGAUCCUACACCCACCAGGGACGGACAGAUUCAACGAUCAGGAGACGGCCGAUGAACGCUGGCGGCCGAUCCUCGGGGUGCACAGCAUCUUAAUCAGCGUCAUCUCGAUGCUCGUAGACCCGAACUUGAACUCUCCGGCGAACAUUGAUGCCGCAGUCCACAUGAAGAACGACUUCGAGGGCUGGAAGAAGAAGGUAAGGCAGCUGACGCGGAAGAGUGUGGAAGGCUGA